AUGUCCUCCACGUCCACCACCACCAUGUCCACCUCUCUCGCCUCCAAAUCCUCCUCCGCCAUAGUGUUCACCACCUGGCCCGCCAAAUCCACCGCCUUGAUGUCCGCCUUGGUGUUCACCUCCGAAUCCGGCUCCACCUUGAUGUCCACCAAAUCCACCAAAUCCACCUCCCUGAUGUCCGCCUCCGUGGUGCUCACCACUUGGUCCUCCGUAUCCUCCUUGUGGGCCACCUGGUCCGCCGUAUCCGCCUUGGGGUCCUCCAUUACCGCCCAUGUGGUGUUGCUGGGGAGGGGGAGCUUGGUUCUAUUCGCAUGUUAG